GGAAAAUUGGUCUGACUCACUGGAAAAGAGAUCAAAUUUGUAAAAAAUAGCUCAAUGGAGUAUAGUUAGACUACAAAACCCCAGCAUCAAAUUGUUUCUGGUCGAAUUUGCCCAGAAAACUCACACCGGCAAACCUGAUCUUGGCCCCGCUAUCGGCUCCAGACAUAUUCUCUUUUGCCUUCGAACCUACCCCACCAUCCAAAGCAAUUGAUCGUGCAUAAGUUUUGUGACUUUGUCAAGCGUGCAAUCAUGGUUUCAAUCGUUCUAGGAAGUCAAUGGGGAGAUGAAGGAAAGGGGAAGAUCACAGACAUGCUGUCGCAGGAUGCGACACUUUGCUGCCGUGCAGCCGGCGGACACAAUGCCGGCCACACCAUUGUCCACGAGGACGUCACCUACGACUUCCACAUCCUCCCCUCCGGUCUCGUCUCGCCAAAAUGUAUCAACCUGAUCGGUGCCGGCACCGUCUUCCACGUCCCCAGUUUCUUCAAGGAACUCGCUGCUAUUGAGGCCAAGGGCCUGAAGGGCGCCGCCCAGCGCAUCUUCGUCUCUGACCGCGCACACGUCUGCUUCGACCUGCACUCGGUCGUCGACGGUCUCGAGGAGAAGGGUCUCGGUGGCCGCAAGGUCGGUACCACCGGCAAGGGCAUCGGUCCCUGCUACAGCGACAAGGCCGCACGCCGCGGUGUCCGUGUCGGCGAGAUCCUGGACGAGGUUACCUUCGAGCGCAAGCUGCGCACUUUGGACACCUCAUACCGCACACGGUUCGGAGAUCUGGCAUACGAUGUCGAGGAGGAGAUUGCGCGGUUCAAGGAAUACCGCAACCUCCUGAAGCCCCACAUCGUCGACCAGCUCGAGUUCCUGCAGGAGCACAAGAACUCGCCCAACACAUUGGUCGAAGGCGCCAACGCCCUCAUGCUCGACCUCGACCACGGCACAUACCCGUACGUGACCUCGUCAUCAACCGGUCUGGGCGGAGCCGUGCAAGCGCUUGCCCUGAACCCUGCCAGCAUCAAGUCCGUGAUCGGUGUGGUGAAGGCCUACACGACGCGUGUUGGCUCUGGACCUUUCCCCAGCGAGCAGCUCAACGAAGCCGGCGAGAAGCUGCAGCAGGUUGGACGUGAGUUCGGCGUGACUACUGGUCGUCGUCGUCGCUGUGGCUGGUUGGAUCUUGUCCUCUGCCGCUACUCUCACGCUAUCAACCACUACACCGCGCUGAACUUGACUAAGCUUGAUAUCCUUGAUGACUUUGAUGAGAUCAAGGUUGGUGUUGCUUAUAUCUUGCCGGAUGGAAAGCGCACUACUGGUACUUUCCCUGCGGAUCCCAAUGUCGUCGACAAGAUUCAGGUGGAGUAUGUUACUCUGCCUGGAUGGAAGUCGAACACCAUGGGUGUUCAGCGUUACGAGGAUCUGCCUGCUAAUGCUCGUGCUUAUGUUGAGUUCAUUGAGCGUGAGAUUGGUGGUGUUCCUGUCAAGUGGAUCGGUACUGGUCCUGCCAGAGAGCACAUGAUCGCCCGUGAUUAAGUGCAUGUCUUGUUUCUUUUCUGUUUGGUUUUUUUUUUGUACUCACGAGUGACUGUUUCGUGCAUAUUGCGAUAUACUUGGGAUGUGUGAUAUAAGGUUUCCUUUUUGUCCCAUAUUCAACGAUUUAGAUGUCUCGAAAAUGGAUCUGGUUAGAGGCGGCCAA